CGUUUACUAAACUUCUUUUUUGGCAUGUUAGUAGUAUAUAUAAUACACAAUUGAUGUCUAAAAGUCUGAGGAAGUGUUGUAAUAGAUUGAAAAUAACAAAUACACGAUUGCAUAAAAAAAUACAAGAAUUCUCUCUUGAGACAAGUGGCUCACGUUUUUUAGUCAUGGGAAGAGUUGCCAUCUCUAUCAGGAAAACAUAUUGUACGGCAUACGAAACAAAAUGCAAUGAAAAGAAACUCAAAUACUUAAAGAAUGAACGCAAAAUGAAAUAGUAAAACCACCCCUAACCAGACCUUUAAUUCUCUACUUGGAUGUGGCCUUUAAAUUGGCCUUUAAACCAUUUAAAAAGCUUCGUAUCAAUAUUAUCUUACGUGUGGCAACGGCCAGGACCCAGAUGUAUGGAAAUAUGACGAUAACUCACUUUCACAAAUUUGAGCCAAUAUCGCCAAAAUUACAGGCCGCCGAUACCCUUAAGUCACGAGCACCAGUUUACAGAUAACAUAUUCGUACAUUGUAGUUACUUAUUUGAGUUUUCUGGGUUUUUUUUUUUAGGAUAACCAUGGAAGGCAGUGGCUUUAAGGAUGGUGCAGCAGUAUUGCAGGCAAUAUUUAAGAAUGGACAAGGUCAGACAAUUUCCUUCCAAGGUAUAGAGGAACACUGCAGUAGUGCCAUCUUCAGCACAGAUGUGAAAGUAGAGGUUGGGGCCACCAAUCACACGUCAGGCUCUUCCGCAAUUACCACGCGGAACAUAACAAACUAUCCAUGGGAACACUAUUACUUUCCCGGAAGUCUUGUAGCUUCGCACUGUUCUGGAGAAUACAUUGCCUAUGCUAUAAAAGCUCCCCAAAAGUCCACUGGGAUGGUGAGAAUUAUAAACAGAAAGUCAGGUGACAGAGGUCUUGUCAAGAAUAUUCGAGGGAUGGUUCGGGACUUAGCGUUUGCACACAUGAGUAACAGAGUAAUCCUUGCCUUCACUGACCAGUAUGGCACACUGUCCGUUAUUGAAGUCACUCCGACAACAGAAGCAUCAUUAGGUACUGAAAUGCUGUUGGAAGUAAGAAGUGAAGCAGACAAACCUUCGGACAGUCACAGAGUUAUAUGGUGUCCUUACAUCCCUGAUGACCAAGGUAGUGGUGAUGAAGGAGACGACCCUGCAUUUCUCCUUGUUCUCACGCGGGGGACAACAGCAGAAGUAUGGAAAAUAAAUGUCAUAUUAAGGGAACAUGAAAGUGUACACAUAUCUCGUGAAGAUGUCACGUCCGGGUACCAGCUAAUUGAGCAGCAUUCAUCGCCCAUCACAGCAGCAGCAUUUAGCCCAGAUGGCACAGCACUCGCAACGGCAGCCCUUGAUGGCUUCGUCAAGUUCUUCCAGGUGUACAUGGCUGACGAAGAAGGCUCACCUCGCUGCUUACACAAAUGGAAUCCCCACGAUGGCAAACCCCUGUCAGCACUGUUCUUCCUUGACAACCACAAACGGCAUUCUCCAGAGCUUGCUUGCAAGGCUGGAGGAGCUUUCUCUACUAAUGGAGGAAGGGGGAAUUUUGGUUGUAGAGCUGAAAAUAAAAACUCACCAAGUGGGUCUUCGAAUGUGCUCAGUUCUGUCUCGGGCAGGGUACAGUUUUGGAAAUAUGCUGUGACGGGUGCGAGCAACAACUCUGAGCUCAAAGUUUGGUCGUGCGAGUCUUGGCAGUGCCAUCAGACGCUCAGGUUCAUCCCAGCGCAGAGGGAGGCACCACCACCUUCUUUUGCCUUUAAAGCUGCAAUGGAUCCAUCAGCCAAUUUUCUGCUGCUCUCCGAUAUACACAGAAGAGUGAUGUAUGUGAUCGCUAUAAGCCAGGAUGGAAACAGCACAGUGGGUGGCGUCAGCAGUGGACUACGAGCAAGUCCGGGCAUUAAAAAUGGCAGCGGAAGUAGUGGUAGCGCACGUAUGGUUUCCAUCACAGAAUUGCCAGUGCAGUAUCCUGCUCUAUCUUUAGCAGUCACCGAUGCAGCGUGGAAGCCCUAUAAACGCUGGAAACAUGACCACGCCCAUGACCAUGCUCAUAAUAUACUUGACGAUGGAGAUGACGAUGAUGGCGAUAGUUUUGACGUAGUGGGAGGUGUUGUGGUUCGCUGUGUUUUGAUCAAUACCAAAUCUCUCCAGGAAGCAACCAUGCGUUUCCAGCCUGCCAUGGCAGUCACUGCCCCUCCACCAAGCAGUGCUGGAGCCUUAGAUUUAAGUGUCUCCCAGGAUUCAAUAGUUGUUCGAGAUGGAUUAUCAGAUCUUAGCCUAACCUUGAAUUCAACGGUGUCAGAGGGGAACGGAACUGUCAACAGUUCCAGUGGAGGUGUAGAAAAUCAGCCGCCACCUCCACCACCACCUGAUGCAUUGACGUCACCACAGAAUUCGGCUUUGCCAUCACAACAAAGUGCCCUCACUCCACCUGCUACGCAGCCUCCAAUGAAUUUAUUGACACCUGACUCCUUCAGCUCUCCAAGAAAGCCAGAGGAAUCUGAGAUGACAGAAGAUAAUCCUGAAGAGGUGAAACGAGGCAAUAAGGUUGUCACUCCAGUAUCGAGCAAAUACGACGCAUCAUUCAAAAGCGAAUUCGAGAGCGCAGCUCUGUCACUUUUGUUGCGGUGCGGCUCGGGCACUCUCAUGCCAGGGGGAGAAGCAGAAAAUGGCAACGGGCUGAAUAUCUUAGGCUCUGUGGUCGCUGGAACGUCCAAGUCUCCGGUACCCACGCCCCUUCCUCCUCCGCCUUCUGAAACCCCUCCUCCACAUGGUUUGAAGCAAAAUUCUGAGGAUGCACCUUUAGCCACCUCUGAGGUUGUAGUCCCUCCAGUCGUGCGAGCUGGGACAAGUGCCACAUCAUCCCCUUCUUUGGAAGUCCAACAGAUUCUUCACUCUGAAAACGGAAAGUCAGGAGACUAUGCCGAAGAUGAAGACGAAGACAUACGAGGGCCAGAGGAGGUAGAGAUGGCAGAGGACGAUGACAUUGAUGACGAGGAAGAGGAAGAAGAGCCCGAGGCUUUGCGUCAGUCUCAUUCCCACGCUCAGCCUCCACCUCUGCCCAUCCCAGAUUCCCAGAGCCUCCCGCAACCUCAGCAGCCUUCCAAGCCCUUGCCACAACCUCCACCAUUGCCUCAGUCAUCUCCGGUGUCUCAGCCUCUGCAGUCUUUGGCAGAACCUCCACAAGCUGCUGUCACACAGCAGCCGAAACCCAUGAUUCCUCAGAAGUCACCCCUCUUAUCUGAAGCAUUGCACGCUCAGAAUUCCCAGUCACUCUUGGACUCUGAUUCACAGCAGUCGAAUUCUUCAUCUCAGCCAAUAGCAAUGUUUGCAUCUCUGAAAAGUUUACCCUCUCAGUUAACAUGUGCCCAACUAGAAGCAGAAAUAAAGGGUGGUGCUAUGAGCCCUGAUUCGUCUGGGUCCGCUAGUUCCGCCUCACAGCAAAGCAGUGGUCUUCAGUCAAAGAGAGCAAGGAACUACAUGCCUCCAGCCAAAGGAGAAACUAUCAUGAGAAGUGUUUCGGAAUCCAGAGUUCUGCAUAUGGACCAGGCUCUGUUAAAUGGACCUGUCACUCCAGGCGUGAGUGCAGCUGACAUCACAGAACUACGUAACUUGAUGAUGACCUGUAUCAACAUUAGUCAGGAGCAAAACAAAGAGGCCUUGACACAAACUAAGGAAGCUUUGUCACAGACAUUGACCCUGGCAACAAAAUUGGACAAAGCCAUUCAGCAGGUUAAUCAACUGGCCAAACAGGUUGAAGAAAUGAGAGCUGCCCAGUCACAUGUGCACAUGGAAUUACCCCAUGUUGUGGCUUCAUCGAUAAGACCGGUUGUUGAGUCAACCUUGAGAGGGGAGAUGAGAAGUACAGUUUUGCCAGGUGUUAUCAAAAGUCUGGAGCCCGUAAAAUCCCAGGUGUCUCAAGAGGUACACGGGCUCACGAGGAAUGCCGAGGGACAGGUCAUUGAUACUGUCAGCAAGUUAGUUCAUUCGAGGACCUUCAUGGACUCAUUAGGAAGUACUGUGAGCUCGGUCAUGGUACCCACGGUCCAGAAUUCGUGCCGAGAGGCAUACAACAAGAUGCUGUUGCCUGGAAUCAAUGCUCUAACACAGCAGGUCUUCACUCAAGUCAACGACAGUUUUAGUCGUGGUACUAGAGAAUACAUGCAGAAUGUGGAAACUGAGGUCCAGACUGGUCGUGCAGCUAUCCAGGAAAGCUUCACCAAAGCUUCCCACAACUUAAACUCGGCCUGUUCUGCUCUUGGUGCCCAGACAAAAACAUUACAGGAAAAUAUCAAUAAGCUUUCUCUCCAGCAAAACACGAUUUCAGAUGCCGUGUGCGAUCGUAUCAAAUCCUUGGUAAGGGAAGAAGUGUCUCGUGCAUUGCAAGAACACCAAGCUAAUGUUGAUGCGAAGAGCAGAGCUCACACACCUGCUCCCCCAGCUCACCCACAUAACCCAAAGGUGGCCCAGCAGCAGGUUCAAAGCUUAAUAUCGUCGGGUCAGUUCAACACAGCCUUCAAGCAAGCACUAUCAGCAUCCGACUUAGGUUUAGUGGUAUUCGUUUGCGAGCGGGUGAACCCCCAGCAAGUGUUCAACAUGAAUCCCUGUCCGUUGUCACAAGACGUCCUUCUCUCCUUAGUGAACCAGCUGUCCCAUGAUCUUUCAACCUUUACAGAUCUGAAACUGAAGUACUUGGAAGAGGCUGUCAUGAACUUGGAGCCAAGCCACCCAGUGACCCGCGAACACAUGCGCCAUGUCCUGCAAGGAUUCCAGCGCAAUCUCAACACUUUCUUGGCGGCCAAUCCAAACCACAAGAAAGUCAAAAUGCUUCUUAUGGCUGUUAACCACUUAGCAGCGUCGUAAACAAAGUGUUUAUAUAGUAUGUUGUCUAUUGUUAGUCAUUUAGUUUUUGUAUCUAAUUGAAAAAAAAAACCAGCAUUGUUCGGAGAGCUGCUUUUCAAAUAUUAUCAUUCCUUAGAGUGUAACUUGUUUAAGUAUCUGUUUAGUUAUGGUUAUGUUUUUAUUUCUUUUGAAUGGAAACAUAGUUUCUUUUAUACUUACCAUGUUUUAUUACUUUGAAAGGGGAAUGAUUGGUUAGACAAAAUAAAUCUUUUUAUUUUAUACUAUAAAUGAAGUGCAGUAUCAAAACCAGUGCUGAUUUGUCCAAUUUGAAAUCUCCACAGAAAUUUCAAACAAUAAUAAUUAUAUAUUUCCCCAUAAAGUGAAUGUUAAGCUUACAUAAGCUUUAGUAUGUUGAAUAAUUCCCUGUUUUUAAAAUUAUUUUUUGUUGAAGCAGAUUAUAUUUUGUUUAUAACAAAAGCUUUUCCUCUCUUAAUGAAUAUGAUGAUCUCCUUGGACUGUUUUCAUACAUUCUUUGGCUAUUUAUACAUUUUCUGGGUCCUCUUUAUAGUCCCUAGGAACCCAUAGAUUGUUAAUGACUUGUGAUAAUUACCACUUACUCAAUUUUACAGUUAAUACAUAACAGUAAUUGUAAUCAAGGCUUGGAUCAUUUAUACUUCAUAAAUGGAUUUGGGUGCUAUAUACUGUGAACAUAUCACGACACAUGUAUGUAUAAUUUACAGUAUUUAUGAAGCAGCAUUUUAUUAGAAGAAACUGUCAAGAAAACCGAUUGAUUUUGAUUUUUUUCAAUGAUACUGCUGUUUGGAAUAGAGCAGCAAUUGUAAAAUUGUGUAACAAUCCAGUUAAACAAGUUUGUGUUUAGAAAGGAAAUCCUUUGUAGUACUAAAACUGCAAUAUUUAUAGCAUCAAAUGAAGAUGCCUAUUUUUUUAGAAACAAAAAUAAAGAUUUCAUUUAAAGUUGU